AUGUCAGGACGAGGAAAGGGAGGCAAAGGAUUGGGAAAGGGAGGAGCCAAGAGGCACAGAAAGAUUUUAAGAGAUAACAUUCAAGGUAUCACCAAACCAGCCAUCAGACGUUUGGCCAGAAGAGGUGGUGUAAAGCGUAUCUCCGGUUUGAUAUACGAAGAAAUCAGAGGAGUGUUAAAAGUCUUCCUAGAAAAUGUAAUUAAAGAUUCCAUCAUGUACACUGAACACGCAAAGAGAAAGACUGUCACUGCUAUGGACAUUGUGUACUCGUUGAAAAGACAAGGAAGAACCUUAUAUGGUUUUGGUGGUUAA